AUGCAGAUGCUCACCAAGUUCGAGUCCAAAUCCAACAGGGUCAAGGGCAUCGCCUUCCACCCGCGACUUCCCCUCUUGGCCUCGUCUCUUCACAAUGGCUCCAUUCAGCUGUGGAACUACCAGACCGGCACCAUCUACGACCGUCUCGAGGAGCAUGACGGCCCCGUUCGUGGCAUCUGCUUCCAUCCUUCGCAGCCCCUCCUCGUUAGUGGUGGUGAUGACUACAAGAUCAAGGUCUGGAACCACAAGACGCGAAAAUGCCUCUUCACGCUGAAUGGCCAUCUCGACUACGUCCGCACCGUCUUCUUCCACCACGAACACCCUUGGAUCCUCAGUGCCUCCGAUGACCAGACCAUCCGCAUCUGGAACUGGCAGAGCCGAACCUGCAUCGCCAUCCUCACCGGCCACAAUCACUACGUCAUGUGUGCUCAGUUCCACCCCAAGGAGGACCUCAUCGUCUCUGCGUCCAUGGACCAGACCGUCCGUGUGUGGGACAUCAGCGGCCUGCGCAAAAAGAACACCUCGGCUCAACCCAUGAGCAUCGAGGAGCAGAUCGCUCGAGCCAACAGUGGCCAGGCUGAUCUCUUUGGCAACACAGACGCCAUGGUCAAGUACGUUCUCGAAGGCCACGAUCGCGGUGUCAACUGGGCCUCGUUCCACCCGACCUUGCCUCUCAUCGUCUCAGCCGGUGACGACCGUCAGAUCAAGCUGUGGAGGAUGUCGGAUACCAAAGCAUGGGAAGUCGACACGUGCCGCGGCCAUUUCAACAACGUCUCGUGCGCGCUCUUCCACCCUCGACACGAGCUCAUCAUCUCGGACGCCGAGGACAAGACCAUCCGUGUCUGGGACAUGGGCAAGCGCACCGCCGUUCAGACCUUCCGCAGAGAGAGCGAUCGCUUCUGGGUGCUCACCGCCCACCCUACGCUCAACCUCUUUGCUGCGGGUCACGACAAUGGUCUCAUCGUUUUCAAGCUGGAACGCGAGCGUCCCGCUUUCUCCAUUCAGCAAAACACGCUCUACUACAUCCGCGACAAGCAGGUCCGCUCGCUCGACUACAGCACCGGCGCCGACCAGGCUGUGCUCAGCGUCAAGCGCCUCGGCAACCAGUACAUUCCUCCUCGUACACUCAGCUUCAACCCAGCCGAGCGAUCCGUCAUCGUCACGUCGGUCAACGGCGACCAGGGCACCUUCGAUGUCGCGCCUCUUCCUCGUGAGGCCGGCGGCGAUCUGGCCGAGUCCUCGAGCGUCGGCAAGCGUGGCCAGGGCUCCAGCGCCAUCUUUGUGGCCCGCAACCGUUUCGCCGUGCUCGACAAGACGGCGCAGACCAUCGAGAUCCGCGACCUCAACAACGCCGUCACCAAGACCAUCACGCCUCCUCAGCCCACCAAUGAGAUCUUCUUUGGCGGCACCGCCAGUCUUAUCCUCAGCACAUCGACCGGCGUGAUCCUCUACGACAUCCAGCAGCAAAAGACGCUCGCCGAGCUCACCAGCCCCCCCGUCAAGUACGUCAUUUGGAGCAUCGACGGCAGCAUGGUGGCACUGCUCAGCAAGCACACCAUCACGCUCGCCGACAAGUCGUUCGCCUCCAGCAACCUCAUCCACGAGACCAUCCGCAUCAAGAGCGCAGCGUGGGACGAGAGCGGCGUGCUCCUCUACAGCACCUUGAACCACAUCAAGUAUGCGCUUCCGCAGGGCGAUAACGGCAUCAUCAAGACGCUCGAGCAGCCCGUCUACCUCACGCGUGUCAAGGGCAAGACCGUCUCAUGUCUCGACCGAUCCGCUCGUCCGCAGAACAUCACCAUCGACCCGACCGAGUUCCGCUUCAAGCUGGCGCUCGUCCAGGGCAAGUACGACGACGUGCUCACCAUCAUCAAGAACAGCAACCUCGUCGGCCAGGCCAUCAUCGCUUUCCUGCAAAAGAAGGGCUAUCCCGAGAUUGCCCUGCAUUUCGUUCAGGACAAGAGCACUCGCUUCGACCUGGCCAUCGAGUGCGGCAACCUCGAUGUCGCUCUGGAAACCGCCGAGUCGCUCAACGUCGACGAGGUGUGGAACCGAUUGGGCGCUGCGGCGCUUCGUCAGGGCAACCACAAGAUCGUCGAGCGUGCCUACCAGCGAACCAAGAGCUUCGACAAGCUCAGCUUCCUGUACCUCAUCACGGGCAACACGGACAAGCUCGCCAAGAUGUCGGUCAUCGCCGACAAGCGUGGCGAUCAGCUGAGCCGCUUCCACAACGCGCUCUACCUUGGAAACGCCGAGGCACGCAGCAACGUGCUUUCCGAUGUCGGUCUGUCUGCGCUCGCGUACGCUGCCGCCAAGUCGAAUGGGUUGGACGACCGCGCUGCCGCCAUCGCUGCGGAAGCUGGCAUGGAAGAGGAAGCGCAAGAGGUGGACCGACAACUCGACUUGGGUGAGGGUACGUCCAAGCUGGCGCCUCCCACUGCGGUGUCGCAAGCCUACCUGCACAACUGGCCCAUCGUCAGCAGCGAGCAGAGCUACUUUGACCGUGCUCUCGUGGCUGGCAACGACGGUGGUCCCAUCUUCAAGGACAACGCCCUCAACGGCGGCAAGACGCACGAUAUCGAAUCGUGGCUCGAUGGCGAAGCAUUGGAAGAGACCGACGAGGAGGACGAGGAUGCCUUUGACGCUGCGCCUGAGGACUUUGGCGAGGCAGAAGAGGCCUGGGAUCUUGCGGAGGAGGACGCAGCAUUGCCCGAGGAGGAGGCUGCAGUCGUGGCGCCUCUUCAAGAGACGCCGCUCGAAGGACUGGGCGCUGGAAGCUCCGAGUCGGAACACUGGUUGCGCAACUCGCCGGUCGCCGCCGAUCACGCCGCAGCAGGGUCGUUCGAGACUGCGAUGACAUUGCUAUCGCGGCAAGCCGGCAUCGUGGAUUUCGCGCCCUUGAAGCCCUUGUUCCUCUCGUCGUACUUGGCCGCACGCAACUAUCUGCCUGCGGCGCCGAGUGCCGGUCCUAUCGAGGUACACCUGCGCCGCAACAACGAAGAGAGCGACGGCAAGGUGACCAAGGCGCACCCUGCCUCACCUCGAUCCGUCAAGCUGCUCGCUUCGGGCGAUCUGCAGGAGGGCUACCGCGCCGUUAGCGCCAACAAGCUUGCCGAGGCAGAGACUAUCUUCCGUCGCUUGCUGCAUCAGCUGGUGGUGACCCCGGCAUCUACUGACGCAGAAGCCACCGAGAUCCAGGACCUGAUCGUGCUUUGCCGAGAGUACAUCCUCGGUAUCUCGAUCGAGCUUGGCCGUCGUAAGCUCAUCGCUGCUGAGCCUGACAAUGUCGCUCGCAACCUCGAGCUUGCUGCGCUUUUCACGCACACUCAGCUGCAACCGCAGCAUCAGACGUUGGCGCUGCGCAGUGCCAUGACCGAAGCGCGCAAGGUCAACAACUACGCCAUGGCCGCCAGCUUUGCCAAGCGUCUCAUGGACCUCUCGCCGGCCCCGGCCGUGGCUCAGAAGGCGCAGCAGAUCAUCUCGUUGGCCGAGCGCAGCCCGCGUGAUGCCGUCGCCGUGCCCGGCUACGACCCUCUCGAGCAGACGUUCAUCAUCUGCGCCGGCACUCAUCGUCUCAUUACGGCUGCCGGUGCUGGCUCCGUCUCGGAUCCGCUCACGGGCGCCCGCUACCUGCCCGAGUUCAAGGGCACGCUCUGCAAGAUCACCGAGAUUUCCGAGGUCGGCAAGCUCGCAUCGGGUCUGCGCAGCUAUGCCGCAUAG